CAUGUAUAUUAAUGGCUGGUGCAAUAUUAUUUGAAAACAACGUGAAAAAAUAGAAAUCACUUUUUCUUAAAAUAUUUCAACUAAUUUAAUAUGAUUGAAUGUAAAAGUCAAGAAAAAUGCCUCAAGUAAGCUGUGUUGUAUUGUAUUUAAUAAACAUAACUGUAAAACGCCAAAUCCUAAAAAAAUAUACAUAUAAAGCCAACUGACUAAUUCCAAUUAGUUUGUAGCUUGUCUAAUAAGUUAUAAGUAGGAAAUUGAAAACAAAAAAUGUUAAAGGUCACUAAAAAGCAUCGCCUUAAGUGUCCAAUAUGUAGAAAAAUGUUUUCAACUCUAUCAAGAAUGAAGUCUCAUAUAUACUUACACACUGGUGAGCGUCCCUUUAGAUGUUUAACAUGUGAGAAAACAUGUAUUCAUCUAUUUCAUGUUAAGACUCAUUUGUUAAUUCAUUCUGAUAAGCGUCCUUAUAAGUGCACUAUAUGUGGAAAAUCUUUCUUAAGCAGUGGCCGUAUGAAGCAACAUACAUUAGUACACAUCGGAAAGAGACCUCAUGAGUGUACUAUAUGUGGAAAAUCCUUCUCAACCAGUUACUAUAUGAAGAAACAUAGAUUAGUGCACUUCGGAGAGAGACCUCAUAAGUGCACUAUAUGUGGAAAAUCCUUCUCAACCAAUGACACUAUGAAGAAACAUACAUUAGUGCACACGGGAGAGAGACCUCACAAGUGUACUAUAUGUGGAAAAUCCUUCCAAACCAGUGUCAGUAUGAAGAGACAUACAUUAGUGCACUUCGGAGAGAGACCUCAUAAGUGCACUAUAUGUGGAAAAUCCUUCUCAACCAAUGACACUAUGAAGAAACAUACAUUAGUGCACACGGGAGAGAGACCUCAUAAGUGUACUAUAUGUGGAAAAUCCUUCUCAACCAGUGGCAAUAUGAAGACACAUACAUUAGUACACACCGGAGAGAGACCUCAUAAGUGCACUAUAUGUGGAAAAUCCUUUACAACCAGUGGCAGUAUGAAGAAACAUACAUUAGUGCACACGGGAGAGAGACCUCAUAAGUGUACUAUAUGUGGAAAAUCCUUCUCAACCAAUGACACUAUGAAGAAACAUACAUUAGUGCACACGGGAGAGAGACCUCAUAAGUGCACUAUAUGUGGAAAAUCCUUCAGAACCAGGAGCCAUAUGAAGAUACAUACAUUAGUGCACUUCGGAGAGAGACCUCAUAAGUGCACUAUAUGUGGAAAAUCCUUUACAACCAGUGGCGAUAUGAAGAAACAUACAUUAGUACACACCGGAGAGAGACCUCAUAAGUGCACUAUAUGUGGAAAAUCCUUCCAAACCAGUGUCAGUAUGAAGAGACAUACAUUAGUGCACUUCGGAGAGAGACCUCAUAAGUGCACUAUAUGUGGAAAAUCCUUUAAAAGCAGUAGCGAUAUGAAGAAACAUACGUUAGUGCACACCGGAGAGAAACCUCAUAAGUGCACUAUAUGUGGAAAAUCCUUCACAACCAGUAGCAGUAUGAAGAAACAUACAUUAGUGCACACCGGAGAGAGACCUCAUAAGUGUACUACAUGUGGAAAAUCCUUCACAACCAGUAGCAGUAUAAAGAAACAUACAUUAGUACACACCGGAGAGAGACCUCAUAAGUGUACUACAUGUGGAAAAUCCUUCUCAACCAGUGGCAAUAUGAAGAUACAUACAUUAGUACACACCGGAGAGAGACCUCAUAAGUGUACUACAUGUGGAAAAUCCUUUAAAACCAGUAGCGAAAUGAAGAUACAUACAUUAGUUCACACCGGAGAGAGACCUCAUAAGUGUACUACAUGUGGAAAAUCCUUUAAAACCAGUAGCGAUAUGAAGAUACAUACAUUAGUACACACCGGAGAGAGACCUCAUAAGUGUACUAUAUGUGGAAAAUCCUUCUCAACCAGUGGCAGUUUGAAGAAACAUACAUUAGUACACACCGGAGAGAGGCCUCAUAAGUGUACUAUAUGUGGAAAAUCCUUCACAAACAGAAGCGAUAUGAAGAAACAUACAUUAGUACACACAGGAGAGAGACCUCAUAAGUGCACUAUAUGUGGAAAAUCCUUCUCAAACAGUGGCAAUAUGAAGAAACAUACAUUAGUACACACCGGAGAGAGACCUCAUAAGUGCACUAUAUGUGGAAAAUCCUUCACAAACAGAAGCGAUAUGAAGAAACAUACAUUAGUGCACACCGGAGAGAGACCUCAUAAGUGUACUAUAUGUGGAAAAUCCUUCCAAACCAGUAGGCAUAUGAAGAUACAUAGAUUAGUACACACCGGAGAGAGACCUCAUAAAUGCACUAUAUGUGGAAAAUCCUUCACAAACAGAAGCGAUAUGAAGGAACAUACAUUAGUGCACACCAAAGAAAGACCUCAUAAGUGCACUAUAUGUGGAAAAUCCUUCUCAACCAAUGACACUAUGAAGAAACAUACAUUAGUGCACACGGGAGAGAGACCUCAUAAGUGCACUAUAUGUGGAAAAUCCUUUACAACCAGGAGCCAUAUGAAGAUACAUACAUUAGUACACACCGGAGAGAGACCUCAUACGUGCACUAUAUGUGGAAAAUCCUUUACAACCAGUGUCAGUAUGAAGAGACAUACAUUAGUGCACACGGGAGAGAGACCUCAUAAGUGCACUAUAUGUGGAAAAUCCUUCUCAACCAAUGACACUAUGAAGAAACAUACAUUAGUGCACACGGGAGAGAGACCUCAUAAGUGUACUAUAUGUGGAAAAUCCUUCUCAACCAGUGGCAAUAUGAAGACACAUACAUUAGUACACACCGGAGAGAGACCUCAUAAGUGCACUAUAUGUGGAAAAUCCUUUACAACCAGUGGCAGUAUGAAGAAACAUACAUUAGUGCACACGGGAGAGAGACCUCAUAAGUGUACUAUAUGUGGAAAAUCCUUCUCAACCAAUGACACUAUGAAGAAACAUACAUUAGUGCACACGGGAGAGAGACCUCAUAAGUGCACUAUAUGUGGAAAAUCCUUCUCAAACAGUGGCAAUAUGAAGAAACAUACAUUAGUGCACACAGGAGAGAGACCUCAUAAGUGCACUAUAUGUGGAAAAUCCUUUACAACCAGUGUCAGUAUGAAGAGACAUACAUUAGUACACACCGGAGAGAGACCUCAUAAGUGCACUAUAUGUGGAAAAUCCUUCUCAACCAAUGACACUAUGAAGAAACAUACAUUAGUACACACCGGAGAGAGAGACCUCAUAAAUGCACUAUAUGUGGAAAAUCCUUCUCAACCAGUAGCCAUAUGAAGAAACAUACAUUAGUACACACCGGAGAGAGACCUCAUAAGUGCACUAUAUGUGGAAAAUCCUUCACAACCAGUGACAUUUUGAAGAGACAUACAUUAGUACACACCGGAGAGAGACCUCAUAAGUGCACUAUAUGUGGAAAAUCCUUCACAAACAGAAGCGAUAUGAAGAAACAUACAUUAGUGCACACCGGAGAGAGACCUCAUAAGUGUACUAUAUGUGGAUAAUCCUUCCAAACCAGUAGGCAUAUGAAGAUACAUAGAUUAGUACACACCGGAGAGAGACCUCAUAAAUGCACUAUAUGUGGAAAAUCCUUCACAAACAGAAGCGAUAUGAAGGAACAUACAUUAGUACACACCAAAGAAAGACCUCACAAGUGCACUAUAUGUGGAAAAUCCUUCCAAACCAGUGGCGAUAUGAAGAAACAUACAUUAGUACACACCGGAGA